GGACUGAGUGAAUAUAAAAGAAACUUCAAGUGGAAAACUCCAGAGUUUUCUAGCCCGUCCCAACAGCAGAAAUCCUUGUGGGCAGGACUUCGGUCGGAUCAGUUUGGAAUCACAAGAGAACCAAAGUUCAUUUCCAAGAGAAGGGUACCUUACCGUUAUCCACAGAUUUCAAAGUCCUUUGAAUGGACAGCAGAUUGUGAUUUGAAUGAUCCGCUUGAAACCGAGGCUCUUAAGACUGCAGAGUUGCACACAGACCACAACAACAAUGAGGUGAAUCAGGAAAAAAUUGAAACACCAGAAGGACCCAGACUCCCCCCAAAAGUUUGGUCACAUUCAGUAGAUUCUAGAGGUGAAACAGCUCUUGCCCUUGCAGAAAACAACAUGAAGAGAUCACCCUCUGCUGCUCUGCCAAAUCAAAAUGAAGCACUUGCAUCUCCAAAAAAGGAAUUAGAAAAAAUGGGUGAUGGGCUUCACAGAGUCCUUCAGAGGAAAGCAGGCAUGAAUAUUUCACGUUUAAAUACUUUCCCCAGAAACUCUGAAUAUCAAAGCCAAUUUGUUUGGAAGAGUCCUCAUGAAAAAUCACCAAUACUUGCAGCUGAACAGGUUAUUUGCAACACAAGUAAAUCCAUACCUCCAUUUAAAUCUCCUGCAAUUACUUCUGAAACUGCAUAUGAGAGAAAUUUCAAAGGGUCUCCUCCUGUUAAGGGUCCACAAGAGAGAGGUGGUUCAGAAGAGAAGGAAUUUCCAGUUUGUGAACAAAGUAAGAGGGAAGAACCAGUUCAAAAGCGAGCAGAAGAUGCAGCAAAACAAGGGAAAUCAGAACAGAAACAUCCUAAACAAAAAAAUAAGCAACAUGUCAGUCCAAAGCCCCUCUCUUUACAUACAAGUCGUGGGAAGAUGAAUACUGAAUAUAGGUCAAAAUUUUUGUCUCCAGCCCAGUAUUUCUACAAAGAUGGAGUUUGGUCUCGUAUCAGGAGUAAAGUUCCCAACCAG